GCCGCCGCCGCCGCCGCCGCCGGCUCCCGCCGCCCGGGCCCGGCCGGCCGCGCCGGGGGCCGCCGCGCUCGCCCGCCUCCCGCCGCGAGGUCGCCGCAGACAUGGACACCAAACAUUUCCUGCCGCUCGACUUCUCCACCCAGGUGAACUCCUCUUCCCUCAACUCCCCCACGGGGCGCGGCUCCAUGGCCGCCCCCUCGCUGCACCCCUCCCUGGGGCCCGGCAUCAGCUCCUCGCUCGGCUCCCCGGGACAGCUGCACUCGCCCAUCAGCACCCUGAGCUCCCCCAUCAACGGCAUGGGCCCGCCCUUCUCGGUCAUCAGCUCCCCCAUGGGCCCCCACUCCAUGUCCGUGCCCACCACACCCACCCUGGGCUUCGGCACCGGCAGCCCCCAGCUCAACUCACCCAUGAACCCCGUCAGCAGCAGCGAGGACAUCAAGCCCCCGCUGGGCCUCAACGGUGUCCUCAAAGUCCCGGCCCACCCCUCAGGGAACAUGGCGUCCUUCACCAAGCACAUCUGUGCUAUCUGCGGGGACCGCUCCUCAGGCAAGCACUAUGGGGUGUACAGCUGCGAGGGCUGCAAGGGCUUCUUCAAGCGGACGGUGCGCAAGGACCUGACCUACACCUGCCGGGACAACAAGGACUGCCUGAUCGACAAGCGGCAGCGGAACCGGUGCCAGUACUGCCGCUACCAGAAGUGCCUGGCCAUGGGCAUGAAGCGCGAAGCUGUGCAGGAGGAGCGGCAGCGGGGCAAGGACCGGGCUGAGAACGAGGUGGAGUCCACGAGCAGCGCCAACGAGGACAUGCCCGUGGAGAAGAUCCUGGAGGCCGAGCUGGCCGUCGAGCCCAAGACCGAGACGUACGUGGAGGCAAACGUGGGGCUGAACCCCAGCUCGCCCAAUGACCCCGUCACCAACAUCUGCCAAGCGGCCGACAAGCAGCUCUUCACCCUGGUGGAGUGGGCCAAGCGGAUCCCGCACUUCUCCGAGCUGCCCCUGGACGACCAGGUCAUCCUGCUGCGGGCAGGCUGGAACGAGCUGCUCAUCGCCUCCUUCUCCCACCGCUCCAUAGCCGUGAAGGACGGCAUCCUCCUGGCCACCGGGCUGCACGUCCACCGCAAUAGCGCCCACAGCGCAGGGGUGGGCGCCAUCUUUGACAGGGUGCUGACGGAGCUGGUGUCCAAGAUGCGGGACAUGCAGAUGGACAAGACGGAGCUGGGCUGCCUGCGCGCCAUCGUCCUCUUCAAUCCCGACUCCAAGGGGCUCUCAAACCCGGCCGAGGUGGAGGCGCUUCGCGAGAAGGUCUACGCGUCCCUGGAGGCGUACUGCAAACACAAGUACCCCGAGCAGCCAGGAAGGUUUGCCAAGCUGCUGCUUCGUCUGCCGGCCCUGCGCUCCAUCGGCCUCAAGUGCCUGGAACACCUCUUUUUCUUCAAGCUCAUCGGGGACACGCCCAUCGACACCUUCCUCAUGGAGAUGCUGGAAGCCCCGCACCAAAUGACUUAGGCCCGUGGCCCGUCCUUCGCACCCGCUGGUCCGGCCGCCCCGGCCGGCUGCCAGCUGCUCUUCUCAGCCGAGCCUGUCCCGCCCCUCCUCUGCCUGGCUGUUUGGACUUGGGGGCGUGGCCUGUCACUGCUAAGCCUGAGAUGUGCUGCCACCCUCCUUAUUUUUUCAGUACUACUCGACCGGACCGGGCUAGUGGCCAUGCUGGGGUGGCAGCCGGAGUGGCAGGAACUGGUGUGAGCCCCGGGGGAGCCCGGGCGGCUCACGGGGUCUCAGGCCCCCGCCCCCGGAGCUACAGCGGUCAGAGGGUGGCUCUGUUCCGUCACUGUUUUGUUGUCGCGAGGUCCUCUGUUUGCAGGGAUCUCUCUGCCUCCUGUGUGUGCUGGCAACCUGCCAGCCCGGCCUCACCCACCAUCGGGAGGAGAGGACAGGUGGGGGGAUUGGCAUGUCAUUGCAGAAGACCCCACCUGCCCCCUGGGAAGACGGGAGGGGCUCUGGGGCAAGCAGCCUUGUCUCCCCUCAGAAUGAAGGGUGAGCAACCCCUGUUUCCAAAGAUAACUUUCAACUUUGUCCCCGAGCCAAUCAGAACAGAAGCUGACCUCUGUGCAGGGUUUUGGGGCCACCUCAAGGCUGCAGGGACUGGAGUCACCUGCCCACCCCACCCCACCCCACCUCGUUUCUCUCUUUGCAUCGUCCUGGUCUCAGCUUCUUGUCCCACGUGGUCCUGUCCAUCCCUGGGUAGCCAACCCCCCCCCCCCCCGCCACCAGCUAAAUCUUCCAGUCUGUGCCCAGGGCCAAGGCUGACCCCAGUCCCCAGUCCCCAGUCCUGGAGGGCUAGCCUGGUCUCUGGCCCUCCUGGAAGCACUGGGGGGCCAUGCCGACCUGGGCUCUGCUGACCUCUCAAGGGCAGAGGUCACCACCAAGGAGGCCCAUAGGGACGGGAGGAGAGGAGAGUCACUUUCCGCAGAGGGUCCUCGGGCAGCUGUGCACGUUGAAGGAGGGACUUGUGGGCACAUGGCUCGGGGGAGGGGGCAGAUGGUCCAUUCUGGAGCGCUCUGGGUAGAGAGGCCCCUUCGCUGGCUGUUCUGUCCAGAGGACUCUUGGGGUCAGGGGCCGUUGAGUGCCGGCACCCUUGGGCCGGGGCUGGAUGCCCCUCGGGGACAGCCAGCCCGGCUGUUGUCUUGGCCGGAUGACGGAGCCCUUUGUGGGAGCUCCAUCAACACCUGCUCCGGGUGAGGGCACCCCACCCAGCCCUGCACCCGCCCCUCAACCUUUCACCCAACCCAGGCAGGCAGGCCCUCUGCCCCUGGGGUGGGGGCGGGGGGCGGGGUCUCUCAGGUUGAACUGGCCUCUUUUGCACUGUAAUGCUCUCCCUUUGGUCUGAGUACUCUGUAUUUUCAUGCUUCGUACUCCUGUGAACCCAGCAUUUGUCAGUCGGG